UAGAUGUGGCUGUGAGGAGCUUGGCACAGGUGCGACGUCAAACUUCGAUUUCCGGGUUUACCCUGAAUGUGAGCAUUCUUGUCGUCUGCUAGACAGGGAAAUGACUUGGUGACACAAAUUUACUGUCAACUUUCGCCAUGCCCCUUCCCCACACUGUACGCACUCUGAAGCAAGUAUGUCUUCGCAACAUUUCAAAGAACAUGGAUCGACUAUGGAGUGCAGACUUUGACCGUCUCUUCGCGGAUAUGCCGCGCCUUUACUAUGUUUUGGGCCCAUUUGAUUACAUGACUUCUGAAAUGCUUCAAGAGCUUCUGGAUACCUUGUGUGCUGAUCACCGAGUAAGAAGGUCACACUUACAUCUUCUCCUAACUGGCCGUCUCAAAGAACUGGACUUCAGCAAGUGCUCAAACAUGACCAGUAUGCUGCAUCUUGUCGGCAUCAGAUGCCAGAAGCUGACAAAGCUAGACCUCUCCAACUGCAGCGUAGCCACCCAAACUGUUCUGUGCAGUAUUUUCCAAAGUCUUCCUUUGCUUAGCUGGCUGAAUCUACGCCAGACGAAGACAAAUGACCAGGUUCUAACCACGAUUCUGUCUUCGUGCAAGAAACUACAGCACCUGAACCUAUUUGCCUGUCCGGUCACUGAUCGAGGAAUCGCCAACAUUUUCCAGGAACUUCAGAACGGUAAUGGUGCAUCAAAUAUGAAGCAGAAGAGUAACUGCAUUGCUAGUGGUGCAAGUCUGAAGUACCUGAAUAUCAGUGCCACGAAGAUCAGCAGUAAGGGAGCCAUCAUGAUCCUAAAUAUGUGUCCAAAUCUCCAUGUUCUCCUGUAUGCAGAUGUUAUUGAUGCUGUGGCUCAGACAUGCAACUCAGGAGACAAUGAAGACACUCUCAAGCUCCGGACACUCAAUGCCAGUGCACUCAAAUGCAGGGAGGUCAGUCCGGAAUCUGUACAGCUUGCUGUCUUACGCUGCCCCUUCGUCACAGAAAUUAAUUUUUACCAAAAUGCAAAUGAUUCAACUUUACAGUAUCUGAAAGAAUUAAAGCAUUUAAAUACCUUGGAAAUAACAAGUGACCAAUGGGGAGAUGUGACAUUCUUUGAUGGUCUGAAACCUCUCUUCACAUCAAUAGGACCCAACAUUCGAUCCCUUGGUCUGUAUGACAUCAAAGAUCUUGACAUUGGCCAACUUGGCGUUCUUUGUCCGAACUUAAGACGACUUAAAUGUGUCAUGGCAGUGUUUAACUCUGUGGCAUUUAUUGACACUCCAUUAUCAGGAAAGGAUCUGAAAUCUAUCUAUAGAGAUCUGGACAAUCUCAUGGUUGUGAUUGGAAAUGAUAGCACCAACUUUAGUGCAUCCAUGUUUGAACAAAUUUUAGAAAACGCAACCAGUCUCUCUGAGCUUCACCUGAUCAAUGUUCAGUGCAUGUGCACUGAUCUGCUCCUCUGUAUCCUAGAGAAGCAUGGUAUGCAAUCUCUGUCUUCCUUGACUCUGGAGUCCUGCAAUAGACUCAGUGGGGAUGCAAUAUCAAGACUGAUCUGUUGUGAGAACCCAUUACGUGCUCUGUGUCUGAGGAACUGCCAAGAUACCUCCCAACAAGAUGUUGAUGGUUUCAGGAAAUAUGUGAAAAAGCACAACCUCCAGUUGUCCAUCGUCUGGGAGUAAAUAUCAUGGAUAGGAGUGAACGAAUGCUGUUUUAUGCUGUAGUAUUCCAGCUGAUAUAUAGUAUGGAAUAAUGAAUCAGUCCAUAGUACGACAGUAGCAUGUGUAGCCCAUCGAGAUCAAGGGGUGUUCGGGUAGCCGUUCGCUUGUGACGCUGAAGACCCGGGUUCAAUUCCUGACAUGGGUACAAUGUGUGAAGCCCAUUUCUAGUGUUCUCCGCUGUGAUAUUGCUGGAAUUUUGCUUAAACCAGCGUAAAACCUCACUCACACACUCCCAUUGAGAUCAAGUGGGCGUUUUACACCACAAUAUUUAUUAUUAACAUAAUUCUUUUACACUAAUAAUGCUGGGUUUUGUUGUGUAUUACAUUUUUUAUAAAUGUUAGUUCCAGAAACAUGUUAUUUCAAUCGGAACUCCAUUUUUUGAUAAUAUUUAUGUAUGCUUGAUAUAUAUGUUUGGAAAUAGAAAUUAACAUGAUCAAGUGAUAGUUAUCAUUAUGUAUAAGAAUGCUAACUCUAUUACAUCCUAAGCCAUAAAUUCCUGUUUAAGCUUUUAUCACACCAUAAACCUUUUUAGGUUUUCAUGGUAUUUGACAUACUUCUGACGCCACUUCUACCACUGCCAUUCUGUGUAAAGGUCUGCUCUCUCUUGGUGUAGUUAGCUGAUCUGUCUUGUUGGACUGGUGCACGAGAAGAGUCCCACCAGGGUGCCAUUAGGACCCAUAGACUUCAGAAGCUGCAGGGCCUGACUCAACUCUUCAGGCCCUCAUUUAAACAACUGUAGGUUAUUGCGACAGAUAAAUCGAAGCAUAAAUUUACUGAAGGCCAUAAGGACCUACACAAAUUUGAAACUGGCCCUACUUGCCACGGGCCUACAGACAUGCACUUAUUUCAAACACUGCCUGGCCAUCUCAACAAGCAUCUUGGUAGACAAAGGUUUUACUAACUGGUGGUAAUUGUCAAUGGUAGGAUGUGUCGUGGGUCCUGUAGAUGGUGACCUUUGGGCUGGUCACACUUGCCAGUGACUGUGGCCAUGGUGCCAAACCCAGACUAAACAGAGCCCUAAACCUGGCCCUCUGCUCCUCUGUAAGCAAGUUGAGGAGGUUCCCAAGGACCCUCCAAUGAAGGAGAACAGCCACAGAGUUCACCGGGUACAUAGUGAAGUUGUUGGGAACCCCAAGGGCCAGCUUGUGAGAGAACUCUCUCAUCCGGGUAAGACCACUUGGGGAAAUGGGAUAUUCCUCCAAUAGGUCAGAGCCAUUUAAAUGAUCUACCAGGUCCUCAGGAGUAGAUCCGGGACCGAAGAUCUGUUUGGCCAGCCAGAUCAGUGCUGUCUGGGCCUGAACCAGACGCUUCACCUCUGUUUGUCCCUCAUCAAAGCACUGGGGCAAGACUCAUCAGGUGUUGCCUGAGAUGCCUUGUCCGUUUGGAGCACCCCACCACGAAGCAAGGUGAGCCCUGUGCUGACUGGGAUACCGAGGUGGUUUGGACAUGGUCUUGUGUCAACACUGGCUUGCGGUUCCUGAUGGGCUUUCCAGGGUUAGUCGGGGCUAAUGAGGUCCCCAACCCCAACCUGUCCGAGGAAGUGACAGAUAUUCUUCGCUGUACAGGCUUAUCUUCCAUGAUGGUCCCCUCUGGCUUCUGUCCAUGGUGGUACAGGUGUAGGUCACCACGUCCUGGGGACCGCCCUCUUCUGUAAGUGAUAGCCUGGAUUCGUUGGGGGGACCUUCCCUUUCUUGGACUGUGUUAAUGAUGAGGUCCUUGAGAUUGUUCUCUUGUAGGGGUGCAUCUUCCCAGGGAACGAGGCCUCUGAAUGACCCUUGACCAGGACACUCAUGUUGAGGAUGCCUUGAGGGCGAACGUGAGCGGGCACGGUGUCCCAAGCAAUCGCGUCUCCGGAUGAUGUUGUUGCUUGGUUGUGGUUUUGUUUUGUUUUUUGUCUAAAGGUGCCUGCAAGAGUGGAAAACUAUAUAUUAACCCUUCCAUCAUUUAAGUAUGUGCAUGGGGAGACCAUGCAUACAGUUUCAGUUAUCGAGACAGUAGUCACAGAAGUAAGAGUCCAUUGUUUUAGACUCUUCCUCCAUGACCUCCACACACUCGCCAUGAUACCAUUCAGCACAACCAUCACAAGCGAUCAUUGGUGUACUGUGGUAGGGUUUCUGGCACUUACAGUAUAAGAUGUCAGUCUCUUUUUGGCCGACAUCCGACUGGUAUUCCACUUGUGAAUCCUUUGUCAUCCCCUUUUUGGACUCAAACUUGGCUUUUGCCCACAACGCCCAUGCUGUAAUUUUCCUAUCCCGUCUGGUGGACAGACUCUCGGUUCCUGUAUCGGAAGGUAAACGGGGGGUGUUCGUUUCUUGACAGUUAGAAAGGGACCCUUCCAUAUAGGAUGCAACUUUUUGCACUUCCCUACCUUCACAGCGGUGUCCAUGACAUACACCAAAUCUCCUUUAAUUGGUUUUCAAGUCAUAAUCCCUCUUCAUUCUUUGUAAGGCUGUUCGGAGAUUAGACCUAGCCAUCUCAUGUGCCUCCUGGAUUGCGUUCUGUAAGGAAUUCACAUACUUUUGCAGGGAGUUGGAUAAAUGUUUAAUUUGGGAAUCUAAACAUCAGAUCAGCUGGUACAUUCACCUCUCUUCCUAGCAUCAACUUGUUGGCAGAAUAUCCUGUCUGUCGGUUUACAUAUGACCGUAUUGCCCCUGCUAGGUAUUCAUCCCAUCCUGCUUGUGACUUCCCUACAUGACAGUGUAUUAUCUGGAGUAAGGUCCUGUUAUACCGUUCUACCUGUCCAUUAGAAGACGGACGGUAGGGUGUUGUACGGGUUUUGUGAAUGUGUAGCAAGGAACAUAUUAACUUAAAGAGUUCACGCUCAAAAUUACGACCUUGGUCCGUAUGUAAUUGGAACGGAUAGCUAAAUCGAGAAAGAAACUCAUUGACAGCGGCUUGUGCCGUCAACUCUGUCUUUUGAUUUGGUAGAGGGAUGCACUCAACCCACUUCGUGAAUUUGUCUACCAUCAUCAAUAUGUACUGAUUCCCUUUUUUGCUUAAGGGCAAUGGACCAAUAAAAUCCAUGUCCACUCUUUCCAUUGGCGCGCCUGCAUGGAAAUUGGUCAUUUUCCCCCUAUAGUGUUUAGAGGGUUUCUUGUUCUUACUACAUUUCUCACAUGUUUGGUCAUAUUCCUGUGCCUCUUGAGAGCAUCAGUACCACUAAUACCGGGACCUUAGUCUCUCUCUUGUCUUUGAGAUUCCCAUAUGGCCUGCUGCGGGAAUAUCAUAGACAUGCUUCAACACUUCUUGCUGGAGGGUUUGUGGAACAAGAAGCAGCUUGUUGUUGGAGUCCUGAUUACUCUCUCAGACCACCAGACGACGUGAUAUCGUGAGAAUAAUUCUUUGUCUAUCCAGUAGGACUUGGUUGCUUGGCUUGCUAGAAAUAUUUCUUGUUCAGAUGGUAAUGUUUUAUCAUCCAAACAUUGAUGCAGAAAGGUUAGUUGUUUGUCCUUUCUGCUGUAACUCGUCCAGAGAAUAUCCAAACAUUGGAGUGGAAUCCCUCUCUGCAAUAAUGGUGACUUUCUGAACUUGUACGUCCCUCGGCUCCUGAAAUAAAUCAAGAUUUCCUGUUUGUGUGUCAGUCACCAUUACGAGGCGCUGAACACUAACCUCUGGCUUUGGACAGCUCUCCAAACAAGUCUGUAGAUCUUGGGUAAAAUACAUACUUGAUGUACCUGGAACAUUCCCCCCUGUUGAAAAUGUUGCUUGUCUGGUAGUGGAAUCCAACAAGAGUUGUCUCACCUUGGCAUGAGUGAUGCUUCUCCUUGACAAGGGUAUGGAAUAAUCAACAUCUUCCUGGAAGGCUCCCCAAUUUUUGUGUGCUCUCUUGCCAUAUUUGCAGCCAUUGCAUGGGAGUGACAGGGGCUCAACUGCUCCCUGAUAAUAAGGGCAAUUGUCCAUCUGCAUUGAGGUGCUUGGCUUAAUUCCUCAACCCAAUGGACGAACUGUCUUUCCGGUGAUCUGAACCCUAGUAGCCAGGUGAGACUGCUGGGUCUGUCCUUACUGUGAACGGCCUACCCAACAAAUAAUGGCAGUACUGUCGGGUAAACGGUAUCAUGGCAAGCAGCUCCUUGCGCGUGGUGCAGUACCUUCUCUGUUCCGGUGUGAGACUAAAACUGCCGUAACUAAUUACUCUCUCGUUCGUUCGUUCGUUCGUUCGUU